AUGCAGCUGUGCGGAAGAGGAGGCCCGCAGGUGAACGCUGUCAGGCAGCGCUGGUGCUUUGAGUCUCUUUUCGCGAAAAAACUCGAGCGCAUAAGUCACUUUGUGAAACCUCCGGGAUUCUUCGCCUGCUACGCGUCCUACCGGUGUCUCUUCGCGAUUUUCGGCUCAACGUCGAAUACUCAUCGUCCCAGGUGGCGCCGAAUCAUCAAGACAUCAUCGAGCUGGUGCAUGCGUUCUCUGUUCGUGAGCUGUUUCGGCUUGGAUGUAUAUCAGAACAUCGUCUAUCUGUGUCAAGUAUUCUUCAAGGGGACGUUCCUGACAAUCGUCGAGUUUCUCUACUAUCUGACUCUGAAUAUCCUGGAGCUGGAAUCCGCUUAUAUCAUCAUAUUCCAUGUGCCGAAAUUCGAUGGUAUGUUCGUCCGAGGUGACGAGAAGACGAGAUCCUUCUUCAGCAUGCGCGCUUUCGUGGUCGGUAUCGCUCUCAGCAUACCUUUGACGGUGAAAGCGGUCUACGAUUUUCUGAUGACUGUUGAAACUUUAGACUCCUUCACAUCCAUUGUGUACCUGAGCAGCAUAUUCGUAUUCUUCGCGCAAGUUCCCGCCUUUAUUUUUUACCUGCAAUGCCUCGAGAUAAUCCGAUCGGAACAGGACACGAUCAGAGAAGCUGUGCAAUCGGAGUCCUACCUUAUCUCGUCCAACUCCAUCAUAAAACGAAAACGCCGUAUCCGACGAAUGCUGGAGAAGGUGAACGGAGUUUUCAGGAGAUUCGUGAUUGUGAAGUUUGUGAGCAUUUUCUGCGGGGUCACGAUGCAGGUCGGACUAUCGAUCGGCGACUCGGCAGAAGACGACUUGGUUGAUACCUUGAGCGGGAUCGUCUUGGACGCUGCCCUGAAGCUCGUCGAGGUCUACGUAAUUUGCCACAGCGGAACGUUCAUCGAGAGGAUUUGCCAUGAGACCGAGCGAUGCUUGCACGGGAAGACUCUUCUCAUGACGACUAGGGAAGCAAUCAUCCUGCAAACUCUCCGGAGGGAGCUUGCUUUCGAAGCCGACAGAGAUUCGCUGGAAAUGUCCCUUAAGUUUCGCAUCAACACUGCUACCCUCCUCUCGUUUUUUUCGACAGUGAUCACCUGUUGUGCGGUCACUCUCCAAUUCGAUUCGCGGGUCGUUCAGGCAAUCAACAAGGCCGGAGCCUCGGCGAGGAAACAAUGA